AUGCCGGCUGAACGAUUUUCAGCUGCAACAUAUUUCAUGGUCAUACUCUUUAUAUAUGUAAGCCAUUUGAUGUCCACCUUAGGAAAGCCAAAGUCGUGGAUAAACUUUCUCCCACCCAAGCUUCAAACGCUCCAUGUUGCAAACAAACUUCGUGAUGACCCUGUUGCCAUUAAGUUAGCCUCUACCGAUUUUGGUAAUAUUGUUCGAGAAAUCCCAGCAGCAGUUCUCUAUCCAUCUUCCAUCAAUGAUAUUGCAAGCUUAAUCAAAUUUGCGCACACUACUAGUUCUGCUCCAUUCAAUAUAGCUGCUCGAGGCCAGGGCCAUUCUGUCAGAGGACAAGCAAUGGCUCGUAAUGGGGUUGUGGUGGACAUGACAUCCUUAAAAAACCAGAAAAAUGGGUACGGUAUUAAGGUUUCCGGAAGCCCUUCCAUGGGUUGGUUUGCCGAUGUUGGGGGAGAGCAGCUCUGGGUAGAUGUAUUGCAUGCCACACUCGAACAUGGACUAACACCUAUGUCGUGGACUGACUAUUUGUACCUAACGGUUGGGGGAACUCUCUCCAAUGCAGGGAUUAGCGGGCAGACAUUUCGUUACGGUCCUCAGAUCAGCAAUGUCUACGAAAUGGAUGUCAUUACUGGGCAGGGAGAUUUUGUGACUUGCUCCCGAGAAAAGAACAUGGAGCUGUUUUUUGCGGUUCUUGGAGGUUUAGGGCAGUUUGGGAUUAUAGUCAGAGCAAGAAUUGCCCUGGAGACAGCACCAAAGAGGGUCAAGUGGGUACGAAUGCUUUAUAAUGACUUCUCUGAAUUCACAAGAGACCAAGAGCGUUUGAUCUCAAAUAAUGGAUUGAAGCAAAACAAUGCACUCGAUUAUUUGGAAGGUUUACUUCUCCUAAACCAUGGUCCUCCGGAUAAUUGGAGAUCGUCCUUUUUUCCAUUAUCCGAUCACGCCAAGAUCAUUUCCUUAGUAACCAAAUAUGGCAUCGUUUACUGCCUAGAAAUAGCCAAGUUCUAUGAUGACCACACUCUUAUUUCAAUGGAAGAGGAACUCCAAGUAUUAUUUGAAGGAUUGAACUUUAUCCCGGGAUAUGCAUUCGAGAAAGAUGUCUCAUAUGUCGAUUUUCUUAAUAGAGUCCGAAGUGGAGAGCUAAAGCUUCAGUCACAAGGACUAUGGGAUGUUCCUCAUCCGUGGUCAAAUCUCUUUGUGCCAAAAUCGCGCAUCUCGGAUUUCAAUUCUGGAGUUUUCAAGGACAUUGUUCUCAAACGUAAUAUUACCACGGGACCUGUCCUUGUUUAUCCCAUGAACAGGAGCAAGUGGGAUGAUAGGAUGUCAGCAGUUAUACCUGAAGAAGAUGUUUUCUACGCCAUAGGGUUUUUGCAUUCAAGUGGGUUUAAUGACUGGGAAGCCCUGGAUGCACAGAAUAAAGACAUACUGAAAUUUUGUUAUGAUUCGGGCAUUGAGGUUAAGCAGUAUCUUCCCAAUUACAAGACGAUGGAAGAAUGGAAAAACCUCCAUUUUGGUACUAUUAAGUGGAGAACUUUUGAAGACAGAAAAAAUCAGUUUGAUCCCAAAAUGAUAUUAUCACCAGGACAGAGAAUUUUCACUAAAGUUAAGCUAGCAAAGAUAAUUUAA